AUGAAGUCACCCGCACACCAGGUGCAGCAGGGGUAUGGGCGUGUAACUCACCCGGCAAACAGGGGGCCCUGCUGCACCGUGUCCACCAUCACCACCACAUCGGAUAUAUACCCCACCAAAAAUGUCUACGAUAUGGAACCAACCAUCAGUGUUAUCCAGGCAGCCUCCUCAUACCCCCAGAACCUGUACGACCUACCGAGGAGUAGCCACAUCUUGAGCCACUAUGACGUUCUCCCAGUGAGAUCCAGUCCAGUACACUACUCCCAGGGCAGUCCCACCUCCUCCCUGCUCUAA